GAUUUGUGCGCUUCCUUUGGGAAGAGAAAGAGCUGAAAGAGUGGAAUCCAGAGAAGUUUCCAGAAAAGUUCACGGUCACUGUGCAGUUAGCUCCCUGCAUCCAUGAACUCUUAAAAAGUGGUGUGCGGGUGAGUUACAUCAGCGGAGAAGCAGUCGACUAUCAUAUGGAGGCUUCGCCGGCUCAGCUGGUUGGCAUCCAAGAUUUGCGAGAAGCGAUUGCAGGAAGCAAGAAAAUUCGUGCUACCGCUGUGUCGCUGAUCACCAACUCUGGUAAAAGUCUGUGGCAUUCCCAGCCCUUCGACCUUUGUGAUUUGGGUUGCGACGACUCGAUCACAGUAUGCAUUCGUGAUCCAGAACUAUGCGCUCAGGGGCAACAUGAAAUCAUGUGCUUUUCUAACAAUGGCUACAAUGAUCAGAUUUGUAUUCACUGCGGCUCGGAAAGCUAUAUGGAAGGCCGGAUGAGAGAGCCGCGGAGACACGGCUGGUCAUGA